UAUUGCCUUUGUCUGACAAGUCAUCCAUAUAAGCCAGGGGGACCUGGGGAGGGGUGCAGCUUUUAGAAACGCACACACAAGCAGAGGGGCUUCAUUCUCAACCCAAAGACUCCGGCAGGCACAUCCUAUUCUUGAAGAGCCGAGGACCACAAGACAAUUUUGGUGUCUCCAUGUUUUUGCUGUCAUCUUUGUACAUAUCUGAUCCAGCUCGCGACCUGCCAGCUACGGCCACCGGGAUCUAGGAAUUUCUACCGCAGUUUCAAUAGAGGACAGAGGAAGACGAAUUGAUAAUACAUUGUCUUAUCUCGUCAUUAUGCGAUAAAACGUUUGAACGAAUCAUGUUUUGCGAAUGCCGAAUUGUUACAUGCAUUUGAGAGAAGUGUCGGUCAUGUUUUUCACCUGACAAACCACUGUUAUAUCUUCGUUGUACGGACUGAUUAACGCAAGACAACUUUUUGUAGAAGUUACGUUUUGAUCGGUUGCCUUCAAAAGCAAACGCCGUUUUUAAAAGUCUCAGCGCAAAUUUUGUUUCUUUGACUUUUAAGCUACAUUACCAAGGCGAAACGGCGACUUCAAUUGAUUAUCUUUCUUUUCUUUGCUAUCCAAUGGAUAUUCACUGCAAAGCAGAUCCGUUCACAGCGAUGCACCGGCAUGGGGGUGUAAACCAGCUAGGCGGGGUGUUUGUGAAUGGCAGACCCCUACCUGAUGUGGUGAGGCAAAGGAUUGUAGAGCUCGCGCACCAGGGAGUCAGACCCUGUGACAUCUCGAGGCAACUACGGGUCAGCCAUGGCUGCGUCAGCAAAAUUCUUGGCAGAUACUACGAGACUGGGAGCAUUAAGCCGGGAGUAAUCGGAGGGUCCAAACCAAAAGUCGCAACUCCUAAGGUUGUGGAUAAAAUCGCAGACUACAAACGGCAGAAUCCUACCAUGUUCGCUUGGGAGAUACGAGACCGACUGUUGGCAGAAGGCAUCUGCGACAAUGACACGGUCCCGAGUGUGUCAUCCAUCAACAGGAUUAUUCGGACCAAAGUUCAGCAGCCAUUUCAUCCAUCGCCAGACGGAACACCGCUGUCCACUCCUGGUCACACCAUAGUACCAAGUACAACCUCCCCACCUGUUUCCAGUGCUUCCAAUGAUCCAGUGGGGUCUUACUCCAUCAAUGGCAUUCUGGGUAUUCCGCGGUCGAAUGGCGAAAAGAGGAAACGAGAGGAUGAUGGUUCAGAUGGUUCUGGCCCAAACAGUGAUUCUCAGGGUAGUGUGGACAGUUUACGGAAGCACCUGAGAGCAGAUGCUUUCACUCAGCAGCAGCUCGAAGCUCUGGACCGGGUCUUUGAGCGGCCGUCAUACCCAGACGUCUUUCCGACAUCUGAGCACAUCAAACCCGAGCAGGCUAAUGAAUACUCGCUACCGGCACUGAACUCCGGACUGGACGAAGUGAAGCCUAGUUUGUCAGCCAGCACCAACCCGGAUCUGGGGCCCAACGUAUCACAAUCCUACCCUGUAGAAUCCCACUCAUCCUCGGUCUGUGUAAAGCAGGAGCCCCUCGAGGUGUCCCUGGCCCCUUUCACCCCCUCGUCCCUGGCAGGCUCCGGCCUAGCGCUCCACCAGCCAUUCCAGCCCACUGUGUCAGUAGACGCCUCCACCCCUUGCUACACUGCCUAUGCCCGAAACGGCCCCAGCUACGGGCAGUAUGCAAGCCAGCCUAUCCUCGCAGGUCGAGACAUGGCAAAUACAACCCUACCUGGGUACCCCCCUCAUGUGCCCCCUACAGGACAGGGCAGCUAUCCCACCUCAACACUUGCUGGAAUGGUUCCUGGGAGCGAGUUUUCAGGGAACCCCUACAGUCAUCCACAGUACACAACGUACAAUGAAGCUUGGCGAUUUAGCAACCCGGCUUUAUUGAGUUCCCCUUAUUAUUAUAGUGCCGCAUCAAGAGGCUCAGCUCCACCCACUGCUGCCACUGCCUAUGACCGCCACUAGUUACAAUGGAAACCAAAUCAAACUACAGGACGAUGCUUUUGUCCUCCAUAUUGUACCGGUGUGAACAGCGUUAAGGUCAAAGAAAUGGAAAGUGGCUUCAGAACAUCCCAUCUCUUGCUCAGAGAAAGGAGGACGGACUAAUAGGGACACCCGACGACUCCACACAAAUCUGACCCCUCUGACUUCAAGUCCUAGUCUCCCAUCAGCAAGACUGUACAAUUCCAGAAAGACUUUGAGAGAUUCUAAAUAUAUAUAUUAUAAAACAUGAAGAAAAACACGGUGUGAAGAAAGCGAAGUUAAAAAAAAAAAAAAAAAAGUGACGUGGCUUUUUCUCCUAUUUUAUUAGUUUGAUUUUCUCGUCAUGGAUCAACACGUUCCUUCACUUGAUCGAUCUCGCCUUCCCGAAGAAUCCGGUCUCGAACACGAUCACGGCUCACUCAGCGUCAGGUCCUCCUGGUUCCGUAGCAGUUCCAUGGUUUGCUGGUUUACCGAGAGCGUCGUGCGCUGAAGACAGUAGCAUCAGAGUGGGCUGCCGUUUGGUGCUUUACUCUCAACCGCUGACUCUAUCCAUAUCGGUUCCUGAUCCGCGGAACAGCAUGUGUGAACAUAUCCGUUCUUGACAAUGCCACAGAAAACGAUAAGUGGACAUUCUUUCUUUUCCUGUGAUACACAAUCAGAUGUAAAAAGAACAUAUGUGUGAAAACGAAAGGGGGCCGCCGAGCAUGGUGGUCUUCCACACACCCGAAUUUAAAUUAGCAAAAUAUAUACUUAAUUUUUUUGGUUAAAUUAAUUUUUGGUAUUACUGUUGCUGUUAUUACGAAGGUCUUUAGGAACAUUUAGAAUUGUUUGGUUUAUUUUAUUUUUAUU